AUGUUUCAUAACCUCGUUGGUAAAACUAUACUCAUAACCGGUGCCUCGUCCGGUAUUGGUCGCAGCACCGCUUUUGAAUUUGCGCGCUGCAGUCCGCAGUCACUCCGUCUCAUACUCACUGCCCGCCGGAUAGAAGUCCUCAAGAAAGUAGCUGCUGAGAUAAACGCCGAAGUUGGAAAUGAGGUCAAGAUCUUGAGUGUGCAGCUGGAUGUCAGUAGACCUGAAGAUAUACAUGGAUUCUUGGAGAAGCUACCAGAGGAGUGGAGGGAUAUCGAUGUGCUUGUUAACAAUGCUGGGCUAGCUUUGGGAGGCAUGGCCAAAAGCCCUAGUAUUUCACCAGCAGAUAUAGACAUCAUGUUCGCCACCAAUGUAACAGGUCUCAUCAACAUGACCCAAGCGAUGCUACCCACCAUGCUUCGUCGAAACAAAGGCGACAUAAUUAAUCUCAACAGCAUCGCUGGUCAUGAAGCCUACCCUGGUGGUGUAGCAUCUACUGCGCCACUAAAUCCGCAGUGA